UCAUUCCUCCUGGAAAUACCUGUAUCACAGCAAGUAGUUGAGGACAUCACUGUAUAGGAAUCAUACCUCCAGGAAACACUAGUGUCUCAACAAGAGAUGGAGGAUAUCACUGUAGAUGAUUCAUUCCUCCAUGAAACAUCAAUGACACAACAAGUAGACAAUGGAGAAAAAGAUAAAUCUGUUACUUCUAGCAGUCCAAAUAUCACUUGCUCGGUGAGGAAAAGUCACAAAUCAUCGACUUGUCUAAAGCCUUGUAUCUUUAAAUAUGACAAUCAAGACAGAUCAUCCGGAAACGUCAAGAAUAGAUCGAAAAAGAAAAAAGGGAAAACGUUAUUUAGCAAUUCCAUCGGUUACGGUCAACGUAAUAGAGAUGCGCAACCUAACAGUUCAACGAGCAGAUUUCAGCCGCUGGACAAGGGAACGCUGAACACGUUUAAAAUCUCAAGCAGCUAAAACAAAGUUUCCUCUCAAUUUGAAAAACACCCAAAGAAGGAUGCUGAGAAAGAUAUAGGAUUAAAAACAUGUGCAGAUAGGAAGAUUGACUACACUACUUCAGCUUGGGCGAAAGCACCGCCUAAUACUGAGAUAAAAGGAAAGAAACAAUCAGCAUUCAAACUGGAUGAUCGUCCAUCAUGUAAGAAUGUAAAAUCUAGAAAAAUAUCUACUGGUCUCUACAGAGAGGACAUCGACAACAACAGUACAAAAAAUGUACCCGGGAAAAAUGAAAACAGGGACGCCUCCCAUUCAGGAAAUAACAAGCAUAAGAAAAAGAAAUCGUACAGCAAGGUACUUUUUAGUAAUUCCAUCGGAUACGGUCAAGGCUCAAACACAAAUGGCGCAACCACCGACACGCGUUAUGUUGUGGUGGUCGCAGAAGAACCCAUGCCAGGUCUUUCAAGGAUGGGCUGCCUCUCAUUAUACCCGUAGAUGUAGAGCUCAUGUCGCAAAUAAAGACGGAUUUGAACUGGAAAGAUCUCCCAGAAACCAUCGAUGUGCUGAAUACCAGAUAUCAGCUCAACGCAGCGACUUUACUAAACGAAACAGCGCGUCAUUACACGUGUAUAUUUAGAUAUCACAAUGAAUGGUUUUACUAUGACUUAAUGGUCAAUGGUGGCAACCCAACUGUCUUCACCCAAUUCCCUGUGCAAUAUCGUUUGUCUAGGUGUAUAUAUGUCAGAAAAUUAUUAUUCAAUUAUUAUGCAUUUUC